CUCGCGACGGAGACGAAGCCCAGCCCAGCGAGAACAGCCAGCUCGGACGCCUGCAAGCGUUGCCUCUCGUUUCCUCAUUACCAGAUCUCAGCAGAGGAUCGUUAUCCUUUGUCUGACUGGCCCCCUUUCCCCUUACUAGCUCCUCCUGGAUCUCUCAUGGGCCUUUAAGGAUCGCGACAUCGACAAAGAAGGGUUGCGUCUGGCACGCUGUCUGCACAAGGAGCUCUUCUGUUAGCCUCUCGCUUCCACUACCUUCACUUAGAUUGACGUGAGCGGCAGGGCGGUACCGCCAUGGCAAAAAGGACAACUGCACGACGACAUGCGAGCGGGUGGGCUGGCAGCUCGACCAAAGUUGACGAGGAAAAGGAGAAGUCGCGAAAGGAGCUCGCCGCCGACCGUCUCCUCGACCGGCAGAUCGAUAUACCCCUCUACGUCCUCUUGGCCCUGCUCGUAUCGCAUGCCCUCAGCGGCAGCUCAUCGCUGUCGCUGCCCCACCUCAGCGCGCAUCUACCCCACACCCUCCAAGCACUCCUUCCCGCUUGGAGCCGCCAUCUGCCCAGCUUGGCGCCAUUCGCAACGGAGCUGCCAAACGCUUCGCACAACUCAAAGGAGUCGUCAAGAUGGCUCAGUACCGGCUCCGUGGGGCCAUUUCGAAGUGACGCUCUGGGCUUUGGGCAUCCACUGUCAGCCUUGCACAACUUCACGCGCGCCUGCUUGAGACUCAGCUAUUCGACGUCCAAGGCCACUCAGGAUCUGUCGCACCAUCACAUCGCCCACUUCGCGUACCACGACGUCACUCACACGUCCUUCAACCCUGGCUGGAUUGAGGCGCUUCAGCACUAUGGCGUCGAAGAGACCGAUGACUAUUUCGGGUUCCUGACGAAGAAGUACGCAAAGGGACCAAAGGACGUCUUCGUCAUCGCCACUGGUAUCUUCCUCUUCACUAUUCUGAGGGCGGCGACGAUGAAGUUUCUGUUGAUCCCUUUGGCCGCGACACUCAUCAAGGAUGAAACGACGCGAAGCAAUCUCGACUCGCACGGACGGAGACUGGCGAGGAAGGAGAGGAGGAGGAAGAUCGCCAGAUUUUCAGAGCAGGCGUGGAUGGCGCUCUACUGUUUCAUCAACUUCUGCUUUGGCCUUCACGUCGCGAGGUCGGAGCCCUACUGGACCAACCCAGAAGGCAUCUGGAAUCGCUGGCCGUACCGGGAGCUGACGGGGCUGUCCAAGUUCUACUACCUGACACAAAUCGCCUUUUGGUUCCAGCAAAUCCUAGUGCUCAACGUGGAGGAGCGACGCAAGGAUCACUGGCAAAUGUUCUGCCACCACAUCGUCACCAUCUGCCUACUUAUUGGCUCCUAUUGCUCGCAUUUCACGCCCGUCGGCAACGUCGUUCUUCUCCUGAUGGACCCUAGCGAUGUGUUUCUCUCUACGGCGAAAUGCUUGCGGUACAUGGAUCUUCGCAAGGCCUGCGACGUCGCAUUCGGCGCAUUCAUGCUGUCUUGGAUCGUCACACGGCACGUCUUCUACGUCAUGAUGCUCUACUCAUGCAUCUUCUCCUCGCCCAAACUCCUACCCCUGCAACCUGGCCAGGACGGGAGCGAGUGGCUCGGCUAUCGUAGCCCGAUGACGCUCAUCCUUGUGGGCCUGCUUUGUAUCCUGCAGCUCAUCAUCUGCAUCUGGUUCGUCAUGAUCGCCAAGGUGGCAUACAAGGUCAUUGCCGGCCAAGAGGCCGAAGACUCGCGGAGCGAUGUGGAAAGCGACGAGGAAGACAGCCUAUCGCGUGAAGACGAACGGAAGUCGACAGAGAAGAAGGGCGUCCUGGAGGCGACGCCGGCACCGACCACCGACGUUUCUUGUGGCGACUCGGGCCGCUCUACCAGCCAGUGGGAGAGAAGACCAGUGCGGAGGAAUCAGCGCUGAAAAGAGUGCUUCCUCGCCAAUCUUUCCUUCUCUCUCACUGUAUCACUAGACUCCCUCUCCCACUUUCAUCAUGCCGCUGCCUCCGGUCAUUCCUUUCUUUUCUGAUUUCAUCAAAUGACGAUUGCUUGUCCUCUCC